AGAAAAAAGAAAUUUUAAGAGUUAGAUAACUUGACUUGAUCAACUUCGAAAAAAAUUUAAAAAAAAUCGUACGAGAUUUAACGAGAGUGACGAAACUUUUUAGAUUGAUCAUGUAGAGAGAGUUAUCGUUCUUUAUUCCAAUUCGAUGCUUCUACCAUAAGUGCCAGCUAAAGCUGGCAUAUCAUUGAAAUAUUCCACAGAUAGUGACAUACUGAAUUAUGAAUGUUGCCUUUUUUUAAACAAUUUGCGGACAUAAUUUGUGACAUUUAUUACACUGAAAUAUCAUAUUGAAACUCUGAGUAUUGAAAACUUUCAACUAUGAAACACAAGGUAUACGUUUGACAGAAAUUUACUCAAUAAAUUGUGUAACCGUCAUCUGAAACAUAUUGAAAACCUAAUAGAGCUCAGAAAAAGAAAAACCACUUGUGAAGUUCUAGAUGUGAUCAAUGUACAUAACUUUUGAGAAACUGUCAAGGAGCAAGAGAACAGCCAUAAGGCAUAACAGCCUCGAUAACAUCAGACCGGAAACUUAACAUCGACCAGGUUCUUCUUGUCCACAAACAUGCUGGAUAUGUUUUGCCAGUUGGAAAACAAUUUGUGUAUACUAUAUGGUGCAGACAUGAAAGUUUUGUAUAUGAUAUGUUUAUAAGUCUUCAAAGAAAAGAUGUAUGAUAAUGGUAACCUCAGACUAUGUACAUAAUUUCACAACCACUUCAGUAUAUUCCAUAGUCAUUUUAUUUCUUUGGAUUAUCUCCCUUUCAUCAGCUGAAUACAAUUUGACAAAUGGUGAAACAGGAAAAUAUCGUUGGUUUGACACAGCAGCACAGAUCCAUAGAGUAUGUUGUUAUUGUCCUAUUGAAGCAGUGAGUUCUGACAAAUAUAAUGACGCUUUUCAAAGAUACGAUGAUAAAGAUGGUGAUUUUUGUAAUCCAUCAGAAGAUGAAAUAAUACAAACAGGAAAGUACCCUUUCUGUAUAUGUGAACACAAGAUGGGACUGAAGCCUGAGUUUAUAGGAUGUGUCCUGCCAAAUAAAAGUCAUGUUAGUCAUGUAGAAUGGACCUGUGACAAUGUAUUCACAUCCCUCAAUGUUAGUGUUUAUACAACAUGUAACCCUAGGUGUACUAAAGACAGUAUGGUUCUAGUUAAUCCUGGUGCUAAGUCAUAUAGGUGUGGAGAGAAAAAAACAUGGGACAACCAACCAAAAUUUGUUUACUGUCGAGACAAAAACGAAGAUGAUACAGAGAAUUGGGUAUAUAUGGUGAUUGGGAUUGUUCCCGCUUCAAUAAUUAUUGCAGUUAUAUUAAUAAUGAUUUGCAGGAAGAGGUUAUGGCAUCAUUGUUGUUUACAUGUGAAAAAAGAGAUCUGCAGUACUAGUUCUAGUGAAGACAGUUCUUCCAGUAGAAAGGAAAUUCUUGCAAUGUCAGUAGUAGAUUCUAAGGUUCCUGACUCAUCCUUUGGAAGCACCAAUGAUAAUAUGACAAUUGACACACAAUUAUCUAUUACUGAUGCAUGUUCAAUCAUUAUUGACACAAGUAUAAAGGCUGAUUGUGAAUACCAGGGAGGAGAAAAUGUAACUAAAAUCGCUGAAGAUGAGGAAAGAAAAUCUAAUUCUGAUCCUGAUGAAGAAAAUUAUCCUUUGGUAGUUAGGUCAAAGGAGGACCUUAUCAGAGAGGAAAACGUGCCACUAAUAAAGAAUGAUUAUGAUUCAAAGCCAGCACAGCCUUUACUUGUGAAAGUUAGUGGGUUGAGAGAGAGUUACAGAGAUGAUGGAAUUUAUUACAGUGUCAUAAGAGGUAAUGAGAUUAUAAUAGUAACUAAAAUAGUAGAAACAGAUUCAGACUUCAUUAUAGAUAGAGACUAUGAUGAACAUAAACUUAAUUAUUAUAAGAUAAUAUCAGCCAGCAAAAACAAUGAGGGUGUUUAUAAUUGGCAAUUAAAAGACAAUAGUAAACAAGGGAAACAAACAGGCAGCUUUAACAUUACAUUAUGUGAUAAGGAAAGACCAGAGCCAGUAGGUGAAAGCACUUUAUCUCUGCAAUACAACAGAUUAGGUACUGAUUCCAUGUUAACAGUUGAAGAAAAUUUAGUUGAAGUAGAUUGUCCAGGUAGCCCAUCUCUACCAGACGAAGCUGUAUGUGUUCGUGAGCGAAAUAGUCCCUUUUCCUCGAAUAAUUCUAAUGGUGCUAACAUUACAAGUUCAGAAAAAUGUGACGCUAUGCCUCAGAAUAAAAUAGGUUAUGUCGAAGAGUGUAAGAGUUGUAAUCUGACUUUAACAGAUGCUUUGCAUCAAUAUUGUUCAUCAAACUCUUUGAGAAAUAUAUGUCAAAUGUUGGACCCUACAACAAUUAGUGAAUCACAUUGCUGGAUUGGAUUUGUUAAAUUUUAUGGCCUAAUGGAGGGAUUCAGAAUUAAAAAUAUAGAGUAUCAUAAGAAAGGAAAUCCAGAAGAUGGUCACAUGCAGCAUAUUCUCCAGCAACUUCUACCUCCACUUGACUUUAGAGUAGGACAUCUUGUAUAUUAUUUCUCACAAAAAGAUUCACUUCGGGAAGAUGUGUUAUAUGAGAUAAAGAAGUUCCACAAUAAUUGUAAAUUCUGUGAUAUGUUAAGAAACUGCUCAUAGUCAAUCUAAUUGAAAUACAAUCAUGUGUACUCACUUCCGUUACAAGUAUCUGACAACACUCUGUUGUACUCUCAGUCGUACUAAUGAUGAGAAAGGCAGAAAUUUUCUUAGCUGACAUUUUAGGGUUUGAUAAGCAAAGCAUGGGUGAUGAAAAUCGUCAAACAUUUGUGUAUAACCUUCAGUAGCAAAUAUUAUAUGUCUAUCAAGGACAAGAAGUUUGAUAUUUGUUGAGCCUUGACAGGGUCAAAAAGCAAAUCUUAUAUGCUAUUUUCAACAGUGGCAGUGGGGGCGACGUUUACAAUGUAUUAGUGUGUGAUUUAGGUCAGUUUAAGGGGAACCACUAAUGGUAGGUCAAUGAUAUUUGGUAUGCAGUUGAAUUAACAAAGGCACAUCUCAUUUCGAUGGAGAUUAUUUGGCCUUGCUCCCUCAGUCAUGGUUAUUUACUUUGAAUGUUUUGCAUAGCUUACAUGUUCGAAUAUUGCUGUCUGUGUUCAAAAUAUGCAUAAUACUAUCAAAAUUACAAAAAUGCAAGACAUAUCUCAGUGUCAACAGUUUAUUUUACCUGCUAGUUCACUUAGUAUCUAUCUUUGCUCUGACUCCUAGAAGCUGUGGUGUGAAGCAUGAAUACAGGAUCUGUGUUUCAAUCAGAUUGACUGAUAGUUUGUCUAUGUUAUGUAUAUGUUAAAUGAGAUUGAUUUGGUGCCAUAUUGAAUAAUAUUUCAAGUUUUUAAUGAUGACUUAAAAAGAUGAUUUCACUCAAAACUACUAUAUGUAUAUGAUAUCAUCCUAAUUGUCAAAAUAACACAGAAAAUAGCUGUCUAGACUUGAGAAUUGAAAGGUAACUUUAUCCCAUUUAUACAAGGAGUUGACCUAAAUGGAUUUGUGCCAUUUAUAUUGUCCAUGUAAAGGGCUUUUACUAACAAGACAAAUUUAUUCAGAUAAAUCAUCAUAUAACAAUAUAAUACAAUUGAAAUAAAUAUUAAGGAUUCAUAAACUAGCAAAUUUGCUUUUACAAAUCUGUCUCCUAUUACACAAAUAAUUCACUUAUUGAACAAUACAUAAAUAUAAAUACUGGCAUGCUCUGUAAUAAAUAUAUAAAUAUGAAAAAGGUGGAAAAUACAAGAGAGAAAAAAAAAUAAGCAUGAAUAAACAUUAAUAGUUGUCUUUAUAAUUCAUAAAUGUAUAAUUUUACGGAGAGUGAAAAUCUCAUCUUCAAAAUACUGCUCAUUUACUAGCCUCCAAAGUGCAAAAAAAUUAAGGCCCUGCACAGCUACUCAACAUCUGUGCUAGUAGAUUUCUGUGUUUAGUUCUUGAGGUAAAAGGUUGAACUUUAAUUAAAAAAUAUUAGCAAACCAGAAAAAAUUGUAUAGGUAUGUUUUGACCUCACAAAACUUGAGGAUUUAAGGGGUUACAUAAAAAAAAUGCUUUUAUAAGUAAAUUUUUUGAGAAGAUUAAGGGGAGAUCAUUCAAAUCUUGAAAUAGAAAUUUAAAUCUUACAAAUUAACUUCUGCAAAGUAAAUAUAACUUACACCUUCAAGUAAAUAAACAUGAUUUGUAUAAGUAAUAUGAGGCAGGCAUUACCUGUGAAAGGGGACGAAGUUUGUAUGAAUUAUUUUUUUCGUAACUUCAAAAUCUGUUAAAAAAGAAACGGAAAUACCGUCACGUUUCUGAUUUUGGUUCUGUUGUUAGGGAUUUUACUUGUGACGUUAUUUAAGUUAUGACGUCAUGUUCAAUGUAAACAAAGAAACGCGAUCAUCAGGUAACGUUUAUUCAUAUUAAAGACAAAGAAUUAUUAAAAGUGAAAUUGGUAUUGUGUUCCUUGAGUUCCUAUAUUUUACUAGACUACUCAAGGUCUCAUGACAAUGAGACCGAAAGAAGGAAGUAGAUUUCUGCGCAAAUGCUGGAAUUAAAAAAAGCGACAAAAAAAAAAAAAGUUAAUGAUUUUGAGUUCAUUAGAACAAUGAAAAAUUUCAGGAAAUUUUCCCGAUUUAUUUUUAUUUUUUUUUAUUGAUUUUUCUACUGUAAUAGGGGACUUCGUCCCCUUAUUAUCGACUGUAUGAAGGGGAUAAACUGAACUUGCUAUUGGUCAAUUGUCUAGUCUUUUGUAUUAACUGAGUGGUAUUAACAUUUUACUGCAAUGACAUAACACUGCCAGUAUAUCAUAUGUAUAUUGUUAGAAGUAUAGCUGAUGUGAUAUUCAUAAACCUUUCUUUAUAAAAUCUCGAUACUGUAAAUUAAGAAAUAUUUGAGAUGUUAUCACUAUUGCAGGAAAGAUUCCCAAAAAUGAAAACUUGCAUUUUAAAAUUUAUAGCAAUUUUUGUAUGCCGCAUUUCCAGAAAUCGCAAUAAAUAAUCUCGCAAUUUUGUCCAUUGUUCAAGGAUCACAAUAAUAAAUGCUUGCAAAAAUUUCUGAAUUUACAGUGUAUGAAUAAUUUAACUAACACAUUUAAUCCACAAGUGCUAUAUGAGUUGAAGCUAAAUUGCAUUCACCUUUCUUUUAACUUUUUCUGGGAUAUGCUUAGCAUGAGAAUGGGUGCAACUUUUUGUUAAUUCAUUAUACACUAUAGGUGUAACACAAAAGUUGAGAACUAGAAUCAAAUGCUAUUAAUUAAUUAUUAGGAAUUUAGAAUUAUCCUUGCAUGCCUAAAGAUUUUUUAUAACAUCUUAUCUUUGACAAUUUUUUAUAAAAUAAUAUUAUAUGAAAAAAUAUAAUGAAUUUGAUAUUAAUGUAAUUUAAUUUUCUAAUUAGCCUGGACAUUUCUUUUUGCUUUUGUCUAUAUUACUAAGACUUUAGAAAAAUCAACAUGAUAUGAUUGCACAUGCUUGUCUGUCUAUUUAUAUUAAUGCAUUUGUAUUUUUGUUUAUAUCUGGUCAUAGGCCAUAUUCAUUCUUUAUAGGUCAUCUUUAUGGUUUAUUAGAUAACAUCUAAUCUUGAGACUAAAAUACACAUGAAAUGCUGAUACAUUAUAACAAGUCCAUGCAUUGUUAAUAAUUAUGUUGUUGUUGACUCUUUGUAAUUUGGAUAUAGGUUUUAGUCUAUGUUAUAAAUCAAAUAUGAGAAUUUUGAGAGUAGUAUGUAAUUCAUGUGUAAGACUUUUCAUGUUAAUAUAGAAAUUUAUGUAUUUUUAUCAUAUUUACAGCUGUAUUUUCUAAAAAACACAAUAUUUUUGUUUUUGAUUCAUUUUUUUUUCAACUUUGACACAUAAGGGGAGAUAACUCCGAGAGUAGGGGAGAUAACUCAGAUAAUGUAAUUUUUAUAAUAGAAAGUGUUUUGAAUUUCUAUUUUAAUAUGUAGCAAGAAAACAAGUCCAGUGACCCCAUUUUUUCUUUUUUCUUAUCUGAAAGCAUGUUUUAAUAGCUAUCUUCUCACAUUUCAUCUUAAAAUUUUAUGGUGUAGUAUUCUUUCUAUCACACAAAAUUGGAUUUUCCAUGCAUAAUUUAUACAAAAUCUGACAAUUUUGCAAAACCUGUAGCCUGGAAAAAAGUCUGGUGACCCAUACUUUUUAUUAUAUUCUGGAAAAAAGCAUGAUAAAAACUAAGUUUUGACAAAUUAUUAAAAUAUUCUAUGGAUUUUGAUUAUGACCCCCAAUCCACCUUAAUGCUCCUUUUAUGUGUUUUUUUGGUGUUAUUUGAGGAAUACUUUCUUAAUAAAAAUCAGCCAAAUAUAUAUCAAGACAGUUAAUUCCCUAAUUUUCUCAAACCUAAAGUUUUUUUUCUUAUUUAUUGGGAAUUUCUAUUUUAUGCUUAUACUAGUUAAAACUCAUUAGAAAAAUGUAAUGCUAAGAAUAAAGUAGAAGUUGAAUAAUCAAAAAGUCCAAUUUCAUUUGAAAAAGCUGCAGGUGAAAAUCAAAAUGUGUGUGAUAGAAUUUCGUAAAAAUAUUUUAGAGGAUAGUAAUUUACUUUUUAUAUAAAUUUUGAGUGCCUUAUAUAUAUAUUUAUAUGAAUGUGAUGUUGAUAUUAGUAUGUAUUUAAUGGAUAUAACGAUCAGCAGUUUUAUAUUGAUAUAUUGAUCUGAGAUCUCCUGCAGAAAUAUGUAUUUGUAAUGGAUGCAAUGGUAGAUAUGCCAUGAAAUUGAUAUAUUGUAUCUUAAGAUUUUUUACUGACAUUGCAAAUGUUAACAAAAUAUUUUUAUUUUACCUCAUAGGUCAGAACUUAUUUUUUGUUAUUUCAUUAAAUGUUUUAUAAAAUUGAGAAUGGAAAUGGGGAAUAUGUCAAAGAGACAACAACCCGACCAAAGAGCAGACAACAGCUGAAGGCCACCAAUGGGUCUUCAAUGCAGCGAGGAAUUUAUGCAUUUUCUGAUGCCAAAUUGUCAUAUAUGAGUCGGUAUUCUGAUUUUUGACUUGACAUAUGGGUAUUUUUUAAGACUGUUAGUGUUAUGAUUGCUGAUAUUUAAUAAUGUACUAAGGCUCACUUAAAUGUUUGUAAUUUACUCAGUGAACACUAUGAUGGAUAAGUUUUUUUUUUUAAAUUCUGCCAACUGUACAUUUUUUUUCAUUUACAUUUAAAAAAAAUAUAUACUAGGUGCUUAUUCAAACAAAUCUAGGUAACUAAUGGUUGGAGCUGGGGGUCAAAGACAAAGAAUUUCAUCACAACACAUGAAAUGAUUUUUUGUAUAUGUAUUUUGAUAAGGGUUUGGUUAACUGACUAACUUGUACUGUAAAUUCAGAAAUUAUUGUGUGCAUUUAUUAUUGCUAUAUUUGAAGAAUUAAAAAAAAAUGCGAAAUAAUUAUUGGGAAUUUAGGAAAAGCUUCAUAUAUAUAUAUGUAUCAUAUACCAUAAUGGCAGUUCUUAUUAUUGGGAUACUCAAGGAGUCGCAUUAUUCACAUUAAUAAAAACCUCGCAUUAAUUUCUGAAUUUACAGUACCUGGAUUUAUAUUCUGUUAACUGAAAAUGCUUGUUUGUAGGACAUAAAGACAUUGAAUUUAGACGGUGCUUUACUCCUUUGAUGCAGUUACAGACUAGUAACAAAUUUACAUUAUUGUUUAAAGAAUGUUUCCUUAAUCAGCAUCUUGAAAGUAGUAAAAUAGGAAUUUGAUUCAGAACAGAAACUGAAUAUAUGAAGUCCAUGUAUAUUUCUAUCAGGCACCCUCAAGUUUAGUUAAUUUCAUGCUCUUUCAAGUUAAAUCUUAAAAGAUAAGGUAACUAGUAUCUGAUUUAUUUGAAGAAAAAAAAGAAAGCUUAAUGUGUACCUACCGUUCUGACUGUGAUUGUACAUAUUGUGAGCUGUUUUAAAAUUUAAUCAGGAAAGACUGCUUUUAUAUUUGUUAUGAACAAAAAAAUCCUUUUAAAAGGUAUGCAUCAUGCAUGUGAUUAAUAUAUUUUGUUUGUUUGAAAUUUUUUAAUGUUUUAAGAUCUGAUAUUAUUAUAAAAAUUUGUUUAAGCUUUGUUUAAGUGUUUAAAGAGAGAAAUAUUUAUAAUUGUUGUUUACAAGUAGAUUUUUAUAUUGCUAUUUUGAAAAUUCUGAAUUUAGUAUAUCAUUAUUAGCAGCUCUUAGAAUUAAAUCAUAGUUAGAAAUAGA